AUGCAACAACAGAGGCUUAAACAGCAACAACAGGCACUGAUGCAACAAGCUCUUCUUCAGCAACAGUCUCUUUACCAUCCUGGCCUCCUCGCUCCUCCUCAGAUUGAGCCAAUUCCAAGUGGAAAUCUGCCUCCUGGUUUUGAUCCAAGUACUUGCCGCAGUGUGUACGUGGGAAACAUCCACACUCAGGUAACUGAACCCCUCCUCCAAGAGGUUUUUGCGAGUACUGGUCCUGUUGAAGGAUGCAAGCUUAUCAGAAAAGAAAAGUCAUCUUAUGGAUUUAUUCACUACUUCGAUCGUCGAGGAGCUGCUCUUGCAAUAUUAUCUCUUAACGGAAGGCAUCUAUUUGGGCAGCCUAUUAAAGUUAACUGGGCAUAUGCUAGUGGUCAGAGGGAAGACACAUCAGGUCACUUCAACGUUUUUGUUGGAGAUCUUAGUCCUGAGGUUACUGAUGCAACAUUAUAUGCCUGCUUUUCUGUUUAUCCCAGUUGUUCAGAUGCGAGGGUUAUGUGGGAUCAGAAGACUGGGCGUUCAAGAGGGUUUGGGUUUGUUUCCUUCCGAAAUCAACAGGAUGCCCAGAGUGCGAUAAAUGACCUAACAGGAAAGUGGCUUGGCAGUAGACAGAUUCGGUGCAACUGGGCUACUAAAGGUGCUGCUUCCAAUGAAGACAAACAAAGCUCUGAUUCAAAAAGUGUGGUGGAACUAACAAAUGGCACUUCAGAGGAUGGAAAGGAGGCAACAAAUAAUGAGGCUCCUGAAAACAAUCCUCAAUAUACUACUGUUUAUGUGGGCAAUCUUGCUCCAGAGGCAAGAAACUUUUCUCAUCAUCUGCAUGUAACUCAGCUCGAUCUCCAUCGCCAUUUCCAUGCUCUUGGUGCUGGAGUUAUUGAAGAGGUCCGUGUUCAGAGAGACAAAGGUUUUGGUUUUGUGAGGUUCAGUACUCAUGCUGAGGCAGCUCUAGCUAUUCAGAUGGGAAACACCCAGUCACUUCUAAUUGGAAAACAAAUAAAGCAAGCCCACUCCGCCAGGUACAAGCUCAAACCCACUCCCCCACCUGCUGCUGCCCCUUUACCUGGGCUCUCAGCUACCGAUAUCUUGGCAUAUGAGAGGCAGCUAUCAAUGAGCAAGAUGGGUGGUGUCCAUGCCUUGAUGCAUCACCAAGGGCAGCUUCCUCUAAAACAAGCAGCAAUGGGAAUGGGUGCUGGAGCAAGCCAGGCAAUAUAUGAUGGUGGUUUCCAGAAUGUUGCCGCUGCCCAGCAACUCAUGUACUAUCAGUAA